AUGUUUAACACUGGAUUGACAAAUCGCAAAAUCAAAUGUUUCAUCUUCGUUAUUCUAUUCUUUGGAAUAUCGAUGAUUGCAUUUAUCAAUAUUCAAACUUCGAAGGACAUCGUUUGCAACUUCUUUCUCCGAACAAUUUCAAACACAAAUCAAAGUCAAUGGAGAAAGAAUAGACUUGUCAUCGUUCCCGCAGUUCAUAAUGAGAUUGAUUGGCAUAAACCAACAACUUGGCCGCAAUGGCUUCGCGAUGGUCUUGAUUUAUUCAAUAAUAGUCUUUCACGACCUUAUGAUGUUUAUUUGUACCAACGUCUCGAUCCUUAUUCGAAGUCACCGUUCAAUUGGCCCUAUUGUAAGAAUGUGCAUGAAGAAGCAGGUGUUUAUCUCAAAUUUAUCUACGAUUUUUAUUAUGAUUUACCUGAUAAAAUGUUGUUUGUGCAUGCAAAACCACAGCAACACUCUCUUUAUCCCAUUGAAGCAGCACAAUGUAUCCGCGAUGAUGUUUAUUAUGCAAGCGUCAAUAAUAUUUGGUUUGGUAAACGACCUUGGAUUGCAGCGAAUCCCGAUCCGAUUGAUAACAUCACGUUAAUGUACAAAUGUGCGAAACGUAUCUUGAGUUUCUUUGGUAUCGAUGGCGAAGCUCAAUUAAAUCCCACAGAUUUGAAACAAAAAGACAUGAGUAUCUAUUCCACGAUGUGUUGUGCACAAUUUUAUGUACGGAAAGAGCGUAUUCAUCAUUAUACCUACGAACAAUGGUCGGCAGCAUAUAAUGCCAGUCUCGAACCUUAUUGUACGUCACCACUUGACCGCGAACGUCCUGGUCUACCAGGAGUGAAAUCAUUCGGAAGCAGUUUUGAAUUUCUUUGGCAUAUUAUUCUUGGACUUGAAGCGCCAGAUAUGCCCGAGCCGAGAGCAAAAACAACAUCUGAUCUAUGUCAUCUAUUCCGCUCAUCUUGUUUCGGAUCACUAUGCAAUGCGAUGGUUAACGGAAUUCGACGUUCAUCUGCAUAA